AGUGGAAGACGCGAGCGGGCGGUACACUUCCAUGUUCUAUUGGGGCAACAACUACUGGACCGGCUCCGCGGAGCUGUGCCAGGUGCUCAACGAGCAGCACGCGCCCGCACCCCGGCACAACAAGAGCGGUGGGUCGCAGAUCUUCAACGAGUGGCGUUCUGACGUGUCAAUGUCCGGACUAGGCCCACCAUUCGACACUGCCUUCUACACUGUGCGCGUGUCCGUCACCAGUAAUCUACAGGAGAUCGUCAAGACUAGACGCACGCUUCACCUCGGACUCUGCCUGCCUUACAGCUGCUCGCGGGAAAGCGUGGGCGCCCUAGUAGGCGCAGCGCACGCGCCUCUGCUGCGACAGGCCGUAGUAGCAGUGCGCUCUCCACAACAUGGGGGCUACUCCUACCUACACGACCCCACCUUCCUAGUGCUGCUUGGUGUAUGCUCGGGUGUGGCGGUAUUGCUGAUCACUGCUACAGCGUAUGACAUGCGACUGGCACGCGCAGUGCGUCGCCAGAGACAGCGCGCCGCCAACCUGAGCUCCGUAGACAGCAGCCCGCGAGCCGACCUCAAGCUAGACCUCAACGGGCUUGAUGACAUCAAAGUUGCAAACGGCAAGAAAAUGUACAAUGUGAACAACAACAUCGCCAUUAACAGCAACACUUCGGAGGAGCGUCUCACCGCUGAAACCGCCUCCAACCACGAAGAACUCAAACUGAGCGUAUGGUCGCAGCUACUGCUGUCGUUCUCGAUGAAGGCCAACGUGUUGCAGAUCUUCGAUCAGUCGGUGGGCGCCGACACCGUUCCCGUUGUGCACGGCCUGCGAUCCCUCUCCAUGGUGUGGGUCAUCUUCGGGCACACCUGCAUCGUUGUCUUCAAGUACGCAGAUAACACCGCGCUGCGAGCAAUCUUGGAAAAGAGCUUCUGGUUCCAGCUGAUCCUCAGUGCCGUCUACAGCGUGGACACGUUCUUCUGUCUUGGAGGGAUGCUGGUAUCGUUCCUGUACUUCCGGACCAACUCGAAGGGCAAGCUAGACCUCCUGACGAAAGGCCGCCACAAGCUUACCUCCGGCGUGCUGCAGUUCCUCGGACUUAUGGGAUACCGAUUCGCCAGAUUGACGGCGCCGUACCUAUUCAUGCUGGGCGUUGUGGAGGUGACGAUGAAGUGGUUCGCGCACAACGCGGUGUUCGAGCCGCCCGCACUCGACCACGAGACUUGCCCGCACUACUGGUGGCGCAAUCUACUGUACAUCAACACGCUGUUCCCAGUGGAGCAGAUGUGCAUGUUAUGGAGUUGGUAUCUAUCAGACGACACGCAGUUCUACGCAGUUAGCGCUAUACUUCUUAUUUUAGCUACAAGCCACUUCAAAUUGUCCGUCUCCUUGACGGGAGUCUUCUUCAUAUCAUCGUUGUUCACGACGGGCUACGUGUCGUGGAGUAAUGAGCACGUGCCCAACAGCGAGGACCCAUUUACCCAGUUCGACAAGAUCUACGACAAGCCCUGGACCAGGCUUGGGCCCUACCUCGUUGGCAUGGCUACCGGAUGGAUCUUAUUCAAGACUAACUUAAAAAUCAGAAUGGGCAAAGUAUGGGCAUGUGUGGGCUGGGUGGUCUGCACAGCUACGCUGCUGUUUCUGAUCUUCGGAUUGUACCAAACGGAGUUGGGAGUGGCGGCCGCUGCCAUCUACAGCGCCCUCUCACAUUCGCUGUGGGCCGCCUGCAUCGGUUGGAUCAUCAUCGCUUGUUCCACUGGUUACGGAGGCUGGGUGCGAACAUUGCUGUCGGCGCCUGUCCUGUACCCGUUCUCGCGCGUGACGUACUGCGCGUACCUGGUGCACCCCGUCGUGCUGCGAUACGUGGCCAUGCACCUAACUCACCCCAUACACCUCGGCGAGCUGCUGGUGUUCGUGCUCUUCCUGGGUCUAACGGUGAUAUCAUACGCGCUCGCUUUCGUCAUCUCGGUGGCGUUUGAGGCGCCCAUAGUCACCAUGCUCAAAAUCCUCUCCCCACAGAAGAAGCCGCACCGAGUCUAAAUCACAGACCACGUACAAAUUUCUACUUAGUUAUGAGAUUAUAGCGACGGGGAUGUGUCUAGACUGAUCGAGUAUUCUUUCUAGUAUUACCAGUUCUAGAUGCUCCCACUGAAAACGUAUAGAACGAGGAAAAUUCAUUGCAAAUGUUUUUAUCUUUACGCGUGUUUGAGCCAGCAGCAAAAUACGAAGCGAAGCACAAAUUAGGAAAUACUCCUACAGCCGGUACAUAAAUGGCAUUAAAAUCUAUACUGUGGUUUUGUCAUAUCGCGAUGCGUUUCAUUUUAAGCUGCAAUAUCGCUUAAAAAUGUUUUUUUUCUAGUUUCUACUAGUUAAGGAACAAUAUUUGGUAUAUUGAAGCUGAGUAUAUGGUAGAAACCAGGAGGUAAUUAUAGACAGUACCUGGAUGAUAUAAUUAUUGCAUAAAAAUUAGUUAUCACUGGUCUUGUCUGCAAUUCUUGCAUUCUGAACAUUACCUGUUUUGCCUUCUUCUUAUUCAUACAACAAGUUAUAUUCUACUGGUGGUUUGUCCUACCAAUCAAAGCGUUUAUCAUAAACAUCUUUACUUUAGUUACCUUGAAGAAUGUUUUCUUUUAAUUUAUUUAACUCUUCCUUUUCUUCUAGUGUAAGAAAGCUAUGAACUAUUUUCAGUUCACCGAUGUAUUCUUUGCUCAAAUCAUCCCUGUCAAUAAGGAUACAGUGGACAUAUUCACUCCACCGAAUCUUUUGACAAGCAAGAGGUUGCACUGAAAAGUUAAACUUAAUGUCAAAGUGCAUUACUCGCAUUUGAAUGUUUUUGAAUUUAGUCAGGGACAAUGUACAUUUUAAUUUAGUGUGCACGAAAAAUAUUUUAAUAUUAAGUUAUGAAUUAGAUCUCGGAAAUUUAACAGGUUUAAUUAAUCCGUGUCACAACUAGUUAAAUUGUAAGUACGAGACGUAGAUUUUUAGUUUAUUUUUUAGGUCCUACUCAGACCAAAGUGUUUAAACUGUGGUGUGAUUGAUUAGUUUGUAUUGAUACUUUUUGAUUAUCGUAACUGUCAAUUUCUAAGAAGAUAAUGUACAACGUUUGAUUUUUAAGUUAUGUGGUUACCAUACACGUAUAA